AUGGUUUCAAUGAUGGCUUUCUCUUCUGUAAAAUAUUCCGGAGUAAUGACCUCCCGUUCGCAUCUCCGGGUGAAGGCUAUGGAGGGGGAAGCCAUCGAAAGUAGCCACAAAACUGCGGUCGAUUUGCCUUUCAGGUUAGCAACCUGGAACGUCAGGACAAUGAUGAGGGCAGGAAAACUGGAAAACCUCAAGAGAAAAAUGAACAAGUGCAAAGUGGGCGUCGUGGGACUGAGUGAGGUAAGAUGGCAGGGGCAAGGUGAAACCAAAUCGAACGGUUUCACAAUGUAUCACUCCGGAGGAGACAAAUCCGAGAGAGGAGGGGCAGUCAUGGUGAGAAACAAGUCGGUGAGAAGUGUGCUGAAUGUGAACUGCUUGAGUGAUCGUUUGAUGAGUGUAAAGAUGAAAGCGGAGCCGGUGGACGUGAUGGUGGUGCAGGUGUACAUGCCGACAUCGAGCCACGACGAGGCGCAGGUAGAACAAAUCUACGAGCAGAUAGACGAGAUGCUGUAUCAGGAAGGCAAAGGAAAGGUCAACGUGGUGAUUAUGGGAGAUUUUAAUGCUAUAGUCGGAAAGGGAUCAGAGAAAAAGAUAGUCGGAAAAUACGGAUUGGGCAGAAGGAACGACAGAGGAAAUAUGUUGAUCGAUUUUUGCCGCAGAAACAAUCUGAUGAUCACAAACACUAGGUUUAAAAAUCGGAAGACAAAGCUGUAUACUUGGAAAAGCCCGGGAGACAGCGAACGAUAUCAAAUUGACUACAUCAUCGUCAAGAACAGAUUCAGAAAUAGCGUGAAAGACGUUAAGACUUUUCCAGGGGCCGAUAUAGACUCCGAUCAUAAUCUGUUCACGGCCGUUUUAGAGACAAAGCUGAAGAACAUGCGCAAAACAGGUAACAAAGACAGAGAUGGAAUCUGGAAAACCUGA